CGCACGCACAGACUACAGUUGCAACACUUUCUCUGAGCGAGAGGAUCAGAUCUGCGCAGAAAAAAAGAGACUUCAAGCAUGGCGGGUCUCCAUCAGGGAAUGCCCAAUUUAGGAUCCAAAAAGAAGGAGAGCGUAUCCCGAGUGGACAGAUUCAUGGAGGACUUGCCUCAGCUGAGCAACGAGAUGCAGCUGAGCAUCUUGAACAAGGUGAAGAAAGGAGAGCUGUCCAUCGACGAUGCUCUGAAGGAGGCCCGCAAGGACCAAGAGCACUCCAGCCGCCUGCAGAGUGGCCCCGAGAAGGAGCAGCUUCCCUCUCACUACAACUUCAGCGUGCACAAGCACGGACGCUACAGGUGGAAGAAGAGAGUUCUUCAGUUUGACGUCAGCAACAAAAUGCUGUGCUCCAUCGAGAAAGGCAUCGUCAAGCGGCAACUUCCCUUUGCCAUCGUCAACAGCUGCGAUGACGGCAUCGGUUCCCGGUUCUCCGUUUCCUUUAAAGGCCACCACGACUACGAGCUGGAGGCCACGUCCAUGCAUGACAAGCACAUGAUCAUGCAGCUUGUCAACCAGAUCAUUUACGGCAACAUUUACAGUCAUCCUGAAGGGGGCGCCGUGGGGACGGCCCAGCAGCCUCAAGCCUCACAAAGCCUACGUGAAGGUGUCCUCCUGUUGCACCGAGGUGGACUGGCGUCAUUCCGAUGGGUCAAGUACGAGGUCCAGCUGCACCGCGGCCAGCUAACACUGGUGCCCUUCAGUCAACGAGGCGGCGCCACUGUCGCCGCUUCCGACGGCGAGGCAACGUCCCGGUCGCCCGUAAACAUUGUAAUCCAUCUGUCAGAUGGCGACACCAGCGUCAAGAAGACUCAUAGCGCCAAUACCUUCACCCUCGUCACGCGCAAAAACGAAUACCAUUUCAGAGUGCCUCCGUCAUGUCAGUCAGUUCCUGGCGGCGUGCAAUCCGAGCGGGACGCUUGGGUCCAGGCCAUCGACAAGCUGUGUUGCGAAUGGAAAAGGAGGUCAAUGCAUGGAGGAGGGGAAUGCUUGUUUGGGGGCAGCGAGAGCCUGCGACAUCUUAGCAUCGCUGAAGACGUGGGAGAGGACGCGAAUGAGGAUGCCAACGGCUCCGAUGCGGAGUCCGAUUCUGAAGACCCCAACCCUCCGGCCUCGCAGAUGUGGACCACCCCUGACCCCGCUGCCCUCCCACCUUCUAGCACCCUCCCAGAGCCCCCGAGCCAUGAAGCAGCCACGCUAAGUGAGCCAGUUCUGUCCCCCAAGAAAAUCCCACCACCUCCGCCUUUACCCCUCAAGUUCAAGAUCGGUCCGAGACAGUUCCGCACCAAGGCCUUCCACUGGGAUCCAGUCGGCCCGCAGAAGAUUGCAGAGUCAUUCUGGGGGAAAGAAAGCCGCCGGAGGAUUGAAGUGGACACAACGCGUUUGUACCAACAAUUUGCCGUUAAGAACCUUGGGUCCUUUGGAGCACCGGAGCUCAGCAGCACGCAACAGCACAUCAUGCUCAACCAGAAGAUUGCGCACAACUUCAACAUUUUCCUCAAAAGUUUUGCGGUGCCGCCUGCAGAGCUGAAGGACAAACUGUUGGUGGUUAACGAGGAGGACGGAGGCCUGUCUGACGAGCACAUCACCUCUCUGAGGAGGUACGUUCCCACUGAGGAGGAUGUGGAGAUGUAUAAAUCCUACAAAGGAGCUGUGAAUGAUCUGCACAUUGUGGACCAGUACAUGAUGGAGAUGUGCGACAUCUCCUACCUGAGCGCCCAGCUGGACCUGCUGCUGACCCUAAGAGAGCUUCCCAUCAGCAUGAGCGACCUGCAGCCUCUGAUUGGCCAGCAGACGCGAAUGUGCGCCCAGCUGCAUACCUGCGGGUCGCUGGAGUCCGUGCUGGAGUACCUGCUGGUUGUGGGCAAUUACCUCAACGAGAACGCCGGAAGAGAAAAGGCCAAGGGAUUCCGCCUCUCCUCCUUAACUAAACUGUCGCGGCUCUGCGGGCGAGAGCGCUCCUUCACCUUGCUCCAUGCCCUGGUGGAGCAGAUCAUGUUGCACGAGCCGGCCUUGGACAACUUCACCAACGAGCUGGCGGAAUUUGAAACAGUCCCCGGAGCUUCGGUCAAAGGCCUGAUUGCAGAGGUAGACGUGGUAAAGAAUGAACUGCACAAAGUCAUCCAGUAUGCAAAAAGCUCCAAGAAGAAGAACGUAGGAAUUCACCACGCAAACUUCAACAAAGACCUCAAGGCGGCCGUGGAGAAAUACAACAUGGAUUUUUUAGCCUUGACAAAGUCUUGCGAGGAAAUGAAGAAACUCUAUGCCGCCAUUCUGGUGAAGUUUGGCGAGGCGGCCGACCAAGACUCUCAGGAGCUCUUUGGCUUCAUCUGUCAGUUCAUCCACGACUUCAAGCGGGCGCGUGCUGACGUGAUGUAGGGCAGCGGAUCUCAACGGCUUUGGCUGCAGGACCCACCGGCACCCAUCAAUGACAAGAGCCCACACAAAUUGCGGGCAUAUGUCUCAAAUAUCUGAUAUUUAAAGGGAUUGUUUGCAACUUUUGCACGGUUUAUAUGGGCACGCACAUCAUGGCGGCGGAGCACAGACGCGAGGUGCAUUCACGGACAUCGGGUCAUUCAUUUCUUGAAAUUACUUUUUUCCACUGAAACCCACAAGUUGAGAAUCACUGAUGUAGAACGCAUCUUACUACAGAAAUCCCUCGUUUAUGGCGGUGAGUUGGUCCCGACUGCGAUAAGUGAAUUUCUGCAAAGCAGGAUUUAUAAAGGGAAUAUUGUCAUAGUUAAAGCAUAGAAAACCUGUUUACAACCUUUUAAAUAUGCUUUUUAACGCUAUUAGAGUCCUCUAGACAUGAAAUAACACCCCAUAGUCACCUUUUCACUCCUAUUACCCAAUAUAGUUAACAUAAGAGAAAAUAACACAAAAUCUUAAGACCAGUUGAAAAAUUGCUAGAAUUUGCAUUUUGCACAUUUGGAUUUUAAUGAGGUUUUAAGUAGAGCUACAAUAUGCAAAUGCAAGAAGGGGGAGUGAGACAAAAAGCACUUUGAAAAAGAGUGUAUAAGGCAUAAAUAAGACUUAAAACACUUGUCUAACCCAAUGUUGUAGACAUAAUAAAAGGAAAUAAGACAUACAAGGCAUAAAGACAUAAUCAUAAGAGAAGACAUGUAAGACAUACAUAAGACAUGACAUACAUAAGACACUCAUAAGACACUCAUAUUACGCAAUAUAGUAUACAUUUUAAGAGAAGACAUAAGGCAUAAAUAAGACAUAAAAUAAAAUAAGACAUAAGGCAUACAUAAGACACAUGCUUGUAUUACACAAUAUAGUAGACAUAAGAGGAAAUAAGACAUAUAAGGCAUUAAUACGACAAAGGCAUAAAUAAGAUUUAAAACACUCAUCCAAUAUAGUAGACAUAAUAAAAAAAUAAGACAUAUAAGGAACAAAUAAGACAUAAAACGUUCGUAUUAACUAAUACAGUAGACCAAAUAAGAGAAAAUAAGACUUAAUAUAAACGCUCACGUUAGAAUUGGGAGAGUUCCUUAUUGUUCCUUGUUUUUGUUUUUUUUUUCAACUUCCGGUUUCUGUACAGUACAUCUUGCGGUGGCUAUUGUCUCAU